GUUCUGUUUUCUUUCCUUUUUUUUUCUUGUUUUAUUAAAAAUCUCUUUACCUACGGUAUCAUGAAUGUUGUAAAGGAGAUUCAGAGGAUCAACCAACGAGAAUUACAAUCUGCUGAAGGUUGGAGUGAUACCGGAUCCUGGCAUGCUCAAUAUAAAGAUACUGCUUGGAUCUUUGUAGCCAAUCUUGAUUAUGAAUUAACAGAAGGCGAUGUUGUCUGUAUUUUUUCACAAUAUGGUGAACCAGUAAAUAUUGAAAUGGCAAGAGAUAAAAAAACAGGAAAAUCUAUGGGAUUCGCCUUUUUACAAUAUGAAGAUCAAAGAAGCUCAAUAUUAGCAGUGGAUAAUUUAAAUGGAAGCAAGGUAUUAUCAAGAACUCUAAGAGUGGAUCAUUCUUAUGGUCCGAAGAGCAAAAAACCAAAAGAGGGUGAAGAUGAAGAUAACUAUUUGACGCCAAAAUAUAACGUAGCUCCGCCAAUGUUGGAAGUAACAAAUGAAGAUACAGAGAAGAUACAGGAAAAAGAGCCAGUUAUGGACGAAGAGGAUCCAAUGGCUCAAUACUUCCGGGACAAAAAGAAGAAAAAGGAAGAAAAGAAACACAAGAAACAUAAGAAAAACAAGGAGGAAAGAAACGAUCAAGGUUCGUCUAGACAUCACAAAUCAAGUCAUAAAAGUAGCAGCAGGAAACGGCAUUAUGAUGACAAAUAUGAUCGCGAUAGUGAUGAUGAUAGAAAACGUGUGUCUUAUGGUGAAGAUAAGGGUAGAUAUAGAUCAAAAUAUGAUGAUGAUCAAGACCGGUGAUUAGUAUAGUUACCAAUGAGGCUGAAAUUCAAAAAAAUAAAAUAAAAUAAAAGAAAUCGUCUUCAUCCGAA